AUGUCCAUUGUCCCGAAGAAGACUGUAGAGCUGAUCAUCAACGGCAUGUAUCUUCAGAUGACUCUCGUGGUUCCCAAAAGCACCAGUGUCAACACAAUUAAGAAGGAAAUAAGAGUCGCCGAAACCUGCGGCGUCGCCUUGGCCCUCCAGCUUCUGUGCACCCCAUCCAGUGCCCGGGCCACGUGCGCCUUGUCCAGUGCCCGCGCCACUGCCCGCGCCACGUGCGCCCGUCCCAGUGCCCACGCCACGUGCGCCACGUGCGCCCCGUCCAGUGCCGCACCACGUCGCCCUGUCCAGUGCCCGCGCCACGUCGCCACGUCCAGUGCCCCGCGCCACGUCGCCCGUCCCAGUGCCCACGCCACGUCGCGCCCGUCCAGCGCCCGCGCCGCGUGCGCCCGUCCAGUGCCCGCGUGCGCCACGUGCGCCCCGUCCAGUGCCCGCACCACCUGCGCCACGUGCGCCCCGUCCAGUGCCCGCGCCUCGUGUGCCGCCUCAAGUUAA